GUGACACAUAGAUGAAUGAGAUCCUUACAGCCUCCACCAUGUGGAUGAUCCCAGCACAGAACCAAAGCUGGGUUUCCGAGUUCAUCCUGCUUGGCUUCUCCAGUGACCCCACGACCAACAGCAUCCUCUUUGUUGUGUUCCUUCCCAUCUACCUGAGCUCAGUCCUGGGCAACGGGCUCAUCAUCAUGCUGGUCUGCCUGGACACACAGCUGCACACUCCCAUGUACUUCUUCCUCUGUAUCCUCUCCCUGCUGGAUAUGAGCUAUGUGACCACCACCAUGCCCCAAAUGUUGGUGCAUCUUCUUGCUCACUCUCAGACCAUCUCCUUUGCUGGCUGCUGGAUGCAGAUGUACAUGUUUAGUGCCCUGGGUAUAACUGAGUCCACUUUAUUUGUGGUCAUGGCUUAUGACCGAUAUGUGGCCAUUUGUUAUCCUCUGCGUUAUACUGUCAUCCUCAACUGGGGACUGUGCAUAUGGUUGGGAGCUGGGACAUGGGCCUGUGGCUUCUUUUCCUCUUUAUUGCAUGCUUUCUUCACCAUGAAUCUGCCAUAUUGUGGGCCCAACAGGGUCAACCACUACUUCUGUGAAGGUCCUUCAGUGCGUAGCCUGGCUUGCAUGGAUACCCACGUCAUUGAGCUGGUGGACCUGGUCUUGAGUGUUUUUGUGGUUGUUACUCCAAUUUCCCUCAUUGUGGCUUCCUACAUUCGUAUCGCCAUGGCAAUUUUGAAGAUCAAGUCCAUGCAGGCCCGCUGCAAGGCGUUCUCUACCUGUGCCUCCCACCUGACUGUGGUCACAUUCUUCUAUGCUCCAUGCACCUAUAUCUACAUGAGGCCCAACUCCAGCUACUCCCCUGAGCGGGACAAGCAGAUCUCACUCUUCUACAAUGUCUUCACAGCCUUGCUCAACCCUGUGGUCUACAGUCUGAGGAACAAAGACAUCAAGAGGGCAUUUCUCAAGGUGAUGGGACAUGGUAGGGUAUAG